AUGUGUUAUUAUCAACAACAAAUCAACAACAUGACAAAUACAUGUAAUCAAGUUCACUUUGAGAAUAAGUGUUGGUCUCCAACCUAUCCAAAUAUCAUAUCAACUGCAUUUACUAAUGCUUCGACUACUGCUAAUACUACUACUACUAAUACUAAUACUGAAUCAAAGAAUUUACAUCAAAAUAAAGAAUUUGUUGUUACUGGUGAAUGUGAUGAAGGUAGACGAGAUGGUGGUGAUGACAAGUCUGAUGAUGAAAAUCUACCUGGAUAUAUUAUUAGCUGUUUAACAAAAGUAUGCUCGGGUUUAUUAGUCAACGCCUACCCAGAUGCCAAUUCAUGUGAAGAAUUCCUGCAGAUAUUGGAAAUGAUUUUAAGCCAUGUAGCUUUCAGUGAACAACAGAAAAAGCUUGUCUUAUUUUGGAAACAUCGUGUACUUGUUGUCUACGGUCAAUAUUUAAAUCAUCAUUCUCAUGCUUAUUCAUCAAAAUCGAAAUCUGAUUCUUCUAAUUAUUAUAAUUAUUGUCCUCGUUCUGUAUCACAAGUUCAUUAUUUCGAUAAUCGAUUUCGUAAAUAUCCAACUCACUAUACAAGUCAAGAACAACAACGAACAGGCUCUAAUCAUUUGGGCUAUAAAACUUUUCAGACAAAUUCUCUUUCUCCUUCAAAUGUUUGUUUUCAUAAUAUUCAGGAUACUUCUUCACGCCUUACUAUGGAUAGUUUAGAAGUACCGCCACAAUCAAUUGUUGAUGCAAGCUCAAUCCACUCGAAUACAUCUUUAAACAUUCCUGUGACCGCGGAGAUGUCACGACGACAUAGUGUUUCUGUAGGUGAUCCUCAAAACCAUCUCAUAGUUGGCAAAUCGAUCAACAGGCGUAGAAUGCCUAGUCCAAAUUCACCUUGUUUUUCAGGUAGAACUGGUGUACCAGGGAAUCUCAACUCACUUAAUUUAGGAUAUACAAACCAUCCACAAGCAUCUUCUGAUAUGGAGCUAUCUGGUUAUCCAUCACAGCUGCCGAAACCACGUUUUCAUAGCCCAUCAAGAUUUGAUCCAUCCAUCAAUAUAACUCCACGCCGAAACUUGAUACCUUUAGCGACAGCUCCAGUUACUCGGAUGCCUUCGCCUUCUGAUGUUUGUCGUAACAACAAUCAAUGUAGUGAUUGGCUUUCGCCUAAUAACAGAUUUGCAUUUCCAAUGGCUCCUUUCACUUCAAAUAUUUCACCGCUGUCAACAUGUGAAGGAUCUUGUUCAGAUAACAUGAAUCCUGACAGUCAUCUACUACAGCAAUUACAAACUCCAAAUGUUCCAAUUUGUAUGCUAUCACUUCAAAAUGCUUAUCAAAACACUUAUGGUUCGUGUAGUUGUUUACCGCCUACAAAGACAAACACUCAUCAUCAAACCUUAAUGUUAAAUUCACCUAAUCAUCCAAAAGCUACUACUCUUCAAACUAACCAGCCUACUUUUGACGGAAAUUCAAGAAGAAACUUUUUAUCUACCCUGAAUAAUAAUAAUUAUUCAUCAAUCCCAUGUAUUCCUAAUUCAGUGGUUACCAAUACUAGUAAUAAUACUAUUCAUCCUCCUACACCUAUUUCAUCCUACAAGUCAACAUCAUUUGGAAAUAAUAAUUCAUUGAAUUCUAGUUGUUCAGCAGCGGAUAAGUCAACACAAUCGUAUGCAUCAUCAUCAUCAGUACCACAAGAGGUGAACAACAACAUUCCAACAGUUGGUGGUGGUGGUUGUUAUUGGUCAAAUAAUAAUUUUUCUUCGAAUCAAGCUAGUCGAAAUCAAAUCUCUUCAGUACAUGAGAUUCAAUGUUUACAUCAUCUUUACGAUUCAAAUAAUGAUAAUGAUAAUAACAAUCAUAAUCAUAGUCGUAAUAAUAAUAAGGAUUUACUUGUCUUUGUUGAUAAUUAUAUUGCUACUGCAGAGAAUAAUAUGAUAGGCGGUGAUUCAUCUGAUGCAUCAAAUGAUCGAAUCAAUAGAGAUUUAGAUUUACUUACACGUGAAGUUACAGAACAUGCUAUAGGUGCUAGUACACAGCAUCAUAGUCAUCUAUCACCAUAUACAUUAAUCAAGAAUGUGCGUGUCUAUGACGUCACAAAUCUGUCUUAA